GGUGGAUUUUUACAAAUGCUGCAGAACAUUCAUCAAGGGUAUCCGACAGAGGCUUUGCUGCGCUUUCUUAAAGCGAGAGAUUGGAAUGUCCAGAAAGCUCAUAAAAUGAUGCUCGAUUGUUUAGAGUGGAGGACUCAGAACGAGAUUGACAAGAUACUAACAAAACCCAUCGUUCCUGUUGACCUGUACAGAGCAAUCAGAGACUCUCAGCUUGUCGGUGUCUCUGGUUAUUCAAAAGAGGGUCUCCCUGUCAUUGCCAUUGGUGUGGGGCUUAGCACAUAUGACAAAGCCUCCGUUCACUACUAUGUACAGUCUCACAUUCAAAUGAAUGAGUACCGAGAUCGUGUAGUAUUGCCAUCUGCUUCAAAGAAACAGGGACGACCAAUUUGCACUUGUUUGAAAAUUUUGGAUAUGUCUGGUUUGAAGCUUUCAGCUUUAAGUCAAAUUAAGUUAAUGACUGCUAUAACCACAAUUGACGAUUUAAACUACCCAGAGAAGACGGAGACAUAUUAUAUUGUCAAUGUCCCCUACAUAUUUUCUGCGUGUUGGAAAACCAUAAAGCCUCUGUUGCAAGAGAGGACAAAGAAGAAGAUUCAAGUUCUGAAAGGCUGCGGGAAAGAUGAGUUGCUAAAGAUAAUGGACUAUGAGUCUCUGCCACAUUUCUGUAGAAGAGAAGGGUCUGGAUCUGGUAGGCAUAUCUCAAAUGGAACAGUAGACAAUUGUUUCUCUUUGGAUCACUCUUUCCACCAAGAGCUUUACAAUUAUGUCAAGCAACAGGCUCUUGCCAAAGGGUCGAGCGCACCGAUCAGACAUGGUUCGGUCCACGUUAGGUUCCCUGAGCCAGACACCGAAGGCACCAAGAUUUUCGAUACCUUGGAAACUGAGUUCCAGAAGCUUGGCAAUGAGCACAAGGUCUGA